CUGUCGACGGCUCAGGAAACUGGUGGGCAUCCGCCACGGACGGUCGGUCACUAAUUUCAUCCUCGGUGUCGCAUUUCCUGGCAGCGGCGUGCACGCUAUAUAAGGGCCGGUGUCCUUGUUGGUCACUGUGCAGUGUUCCACCGGAGCGGCACCAUGAAGCAGCUGGUUCUGCUUUUAGCAGUUUUAGUGACAACAACAAUCAGCAAUGGCUUCAUCCUGGGACCUCUUGGCGGCGUGUCGCCGAUCGUGAUCAAGGCACCCGAGCCGCCGAAAAAGGAGCCGCCGCCUCCACCCGUGGUGGUGCACGUGCACGCAGGUCACGGCGGAGGUCAUGGCGGAGGUCACGGCGGGGGUCACGGCGGGGGUCACGGCGGAGGUCACGGAGGAGGUCAUGGCGGAGGUCAUGGUGGAGGUCACGGCGGACAUGGAGGAGGUCACGGACCUCCGCCACCGCAGAUCAUCAUCCUGAAGGGCGGCGGCGGCCACGGCGGGGGCGGCCACGGCGGCGGCGGCGGCGGUCCUCCGCCACCCCCGCCUCUGACCAUCCUGCCCAUCAUCAUGCCGCCCCAUGCGGGAGGUGGUGGAGGAGGUCACGGACCGCCACCAGGAGGGCACGGCCCGCCACACGGACCCCCGCCAGGAGGACACGGAGGACCCCCGCACGGAGGACCCCCACACGGAGGACCCCCGCACGGAGGACCGCCCCACGGCGGUGGCGGUCACCCGCCGGGUGGCGGUGGCCACGGCGUGACGGUGAUCGGCGGCGGCGGCUACGUGGGCUGA